UGAAACUAAUUUUUACUUUACGUGCUUAUAUUUUAAAUUUAUAAUAAUAUUUUGAAUAGACUUUAUAUGCAUAGGUAUAACAAAAAAUUUCCCGUCUUUUGUUUACAAAUAUUUAUUAAUAUGUACCUAUAUAGCUAUGUACAUAAAAGUGUUGAUAUUAAUUUUGAUAUUAACAAUGUAAAAACAAAACAAACGCACGGGAAAUUAGUAUAAGUUUUGAAAUCAAAAGAGAAACAUGUUAUCCGAAUUGUGAAUUAAUCAAUGCUCAGAGUGACUAAUACAGAAAAUAAUAUUAAUUGCAAAAAUUGUUAUAUAGCAAACCAACAAUUAGUUUGUAUAAAAGUAAUUAACAUCUAAAACAAAAAAUGUUACAUCGUAUUAUUGUGAUAAGUCUAUUUUCCAUAUUUAUAUUUGGUUCUGCAGUUCUACUAUUUUAUUUAUUCCAUAAAUCAAACAUAGAUUCCAGUUUAACAGAUUUGGGCAAUGAAAAUUCACAUGGAUGCUUAGUUCCUUCAGGAAACAUAAUAUUAACGGAAUUCAAUACUAACAAACGUCUAAUGCCGGGGACAUUAGCUCCAAUAAGAGCAAGUGUUAUUUACGCAUGCCAAAAAUCUUAUGUUUUAGAAGGAAAACUAUUAUUGAGUACUUUGAAUUUCUGUGAAAAAGGAAAUUGGACUUUUGAACAUCCUGAAUGCAUAAAAUUGUGUCCAUCGAUUCGGGGUCAUACAAUUGAGGCUAAUUGUGAGUAUAAUGGACAAUCGGUUGAUUGCAAAGGGAAUGUUAAAUAUGGUACAACUGCUCGGAUAAAUUGUGCAAUUUUGUACAAACGACCAAAGACAGAAUAAAUACAUGAAACUUUACAUUGUCAAAGGAAUGGUACUUGGGACCAUCUGCCAUACAAAUGUUUGCAAACUUGUGGAGCUGUUGAAAACGCUAAUCAGUCUCAUCUUAAUUGGCUUUAUACUUCACACAAUGGCCUUAGAAAACCUUUCG